AUGAAGGAGAAUCAGGGCAUCCUCCACUCCCGUGGGGCUGGGGAAGCCCUUCCACCCCGCGCGGGGCCCCGCUUCACUAUCACGCUCCUCGCCUUCCUCCACCGCCACCCGCACACGCGAAUGACCCAGCAAGCGCUCCCCUCCCGCGGCCGCCUCCCCGCCUCCAUCCCCCAGCGGCAAAAGCGGCUCCAUUCAAUCGCAGGCUCCGCUGUGGGCCCGGCGCGCCCCCGGCCCGCCCGCCGCCUCCUGGGCUCGCUUCCCGCGACCGCCGCGCCCCACGCUGGCCUCCUCCCGCCCGGCCGCGCCGCCGCCCGACCCUCGGCCCCAAAGACACAGUCGACUUACCCAGAGAUUGAACCAACUGCUCCUUCCUUCCUUGUCGGGGGAUUAGGGCCAGGGAAGCGACUGGUGGUUCCCCCCUCCCCCUCUGGGUGGUUGCACGGACUGCAGCAGCAAAGACUGGAACAGGCACCGCCGCCGGGGCUUGCCUCAAACUCGGAACCGGUUGAAACCGGUUCAGACUGGGAGAUUCCAUCUCGGUUGAGUUUUCAGCCCAUGGCGCCGCGGAGCGUUUGGAACCUGGGCCUCCGCCCCCAGCCCGCCCUCCUAUUGGUCAGUUCCAGCUACAGCCGCGCCAUGAGCCUAUCUCUCAUUGGCCUGAGCGCCAGUCAAUCCCACCUCAAGGCUCCACACGAGCCCGCCGCUUCGGCCCCCGCCUCUUUUCAGCAGCGAUUUGCCCGCAGACUUGCUCUGUUGCCCAGGCUGGAAUGCAGUGGCACAAUCUUGGCUCACUGCAGUCUCUGCCCCCAGGGUUCUAGCGAUUCUCCUGCCUCAGCUUCUUCAGUAGCUGGGAUUACAGGCACAUGCCACCACACCUGGCUAAUUUUUGUAUUUUUAGUAGAGAUGGGGUUUCACCAUGUUGGACAGGCUGGUCUCGAACUCCUGACCUCAGGUGAUCCACCUGCCUCGGCCUCCCAAGUUGCUUAGGCUGGAGUGCAAUGGCGCAAUCUUGGCUCACUGCAACCUCUGCCUCCUGGGUUCAAGCAAUUCUCCUGCCUCAGUCUCCUGAGUAGCUGGGAUUACAGGCGUGCGCCACCAUGCCUAAUUUUUGUAUUUUUAGUAGAGACGGGAUUUCACCAUAGACGGAGUUUCACUGUGUUAGCCAGGAUGGUCUCAAUCUCCUGACCUCGUGAUCCGCCCAUCUCGGCCUCCCAAAGUGCUGGGAUUACAGGCUUGAGCCACCACUGGAAACGCAUUGUUCUUAUCAAGCCGACCCACAUUAACAAGUUUUGUCAAGUCAGACUUCAAACUGCAGACGUUCGUCCCCUCAUUCCUAGGGGUCAGCCAUGCAGGCCUUGUGCCUCUCCAAAGUCUGUCACCCAGGCUGGAGUACAGUGGCAUAGUCUCAGCUCACUGCAACUUCCGCCUCCCGGGUUCAAGCGAUUCUCCUGUCUCAGCCUCCCGAGUAGCUGGGAUUACAGGUGCGUGCCACCACGCCCGGCUAAUUUUUGUAUUUUUAGUAGAGACGGGGGGGUUUCACCAUGUUGGUCAGGCUGGUCUCAAACUCCCGAC